AACUGCACAUGUCAGAUGUUGGCAAACAGACCUGAAAUUCUUGAGCGUAGUGCUGAAUGUUAGUACCUUUCUUGUUUACUUGUGCAUUCGCUUUUUAAUUUUUGCCCCGAGAAUGGUUACUUUAAGCGUACUUUGUCACAGGUUCUGCCGCCUGGCAAAAGUUGCAGCACAAAGGCAACACAAGAAAUAUGACUGUGGCAUCAAGGAGGUCAGCAAGAGCCAGGCAGUGUCAGAUGGAGAGCUGAACAUGUCUGCGCGGGGCUGCGGAGGCAGCAGCUCCAGCCUUCCAGGGACUCCGGGUGGAGACAUCGGCCACGCCAACAGUGUGCUGAGCUGGGCCGUCUCAUUUGAGAAGCUGCUAGAGGACCCCUGUGGGGUCAGUUAUUUUACGGCUUUCUUGAAGUCAGAAGUGAGUGCAGAAAACAUUUUAUUCUGGCAGGCAUGUGAAAAGUUCAGGAAGAUCCCGACCACCUCCUUGGAUGAGCUGAAAGCAGCAGCUCGCUCCAUCUACAACACAUAUUUGUCUGACAGCGCCCCCUACUCGGUCAACAUCGACGACACUGCCAAGACAGAGGAGAAAGACCUGGACCAGCCCACACCUGACAUGUUUGGCAGAGCCCAGGCACAGAUAUUCAAGCUGAUGAAGAUGGACAGCUACAGGCGCUUUGUGCGCUCCCCUCUCUACCAGCAGUGCACCUUGACAAGUGUAGAAGGUAAACUUCUACCUCAGAUCUCUACAGAGCCUGUUCAGAUGGGGUCCUGGGAGGAUAUGGUCAACAAAAGCCCCUUAAGUAACAAAAAGAAGUCUGAAUCAAACAGCUUGCCAGGUGGCAAGAGUGCCUCAGAGAAGCAGCGACAGAAAAGAGGAUCCUGGGGAGAUGCAUCCAACAUUCAAGGCUCAGGUCCCCGGAAAGAGUCUCACAUGUCGGUCAAAUCUAACAGCAGUGUGGAGCUUGGCUCCCUCUACAGGCAAAUGGAGAAUGGCCGGCCGACUCCUCGCUCUGUUGAGCAGGGUGGUGGAAGUGGGAGUCGUAUAGGUGUGGAGGGGGGCUAUUGCUGCGUCUACCUACCGGAUGGCAGCGCUUCGUUGGCCCCCACACGCAAUGGGCAACCAAUAAAAGACAUGCUGGCUAGCUUGUGUGAGAAGAGAGGCUUUCCACUUAAAGAUGUCAUCAUUUACCUUCAUGGCAAGGACAAGCAGCCUUUAUCUCUGGACCAGGACUGCUCUGUGCUGAGAGAUCAGCAGGUCUCUCUUGAGCUCAGGGUGACGUUCGCGCUGGAGAAUGCUUUCACUGGUAAGACGGUGGGAAUUAUGGUGAAAUCCAGCAAGACGUUGCAGGAUGCCCUCUCUACAGUGAUGCAGAAGCACCAGCUCAAGCCCCAUGAGGCCCUGAUCACCAUGGCUGAGAGUGAUGAGCCUGUGAACCUGAGCACCUCUGUGUACAAGCUGGCCAAUAAGACACUACGGCUUGACAAAACCAAAGGUAAAGAGCAGACCUUCAUUCCCAGAGGCACUGCUGCUACACAGGCCGGAUCAUUGAGCGCAGGUGUGGAGACUCGAUCGUCGCUGCAGACAGACCGAGCCAAGACUCAGCCCAGACCCAGUAAGAACCGCGAAAUGGACGGGUUUCUGGAGAUGUUGACAAGGGCUCAGUGCUGCAGGGUUGACGACCAGCGAGGCCUUCUAACCAAAGAGCAGCUGGAGAUCCCCUCGUUCCUGCAGCUUCCCUCAGAUCAGCAACAGGGCACAGACGAUGCCAGUACAACCAGCUGUUCCACUACUGACUCCAGAGUAGAAUCAGAAGACAACGGAUUGACUUCUAGUUCAGCCAAAGCAACUGAGAAAGUUCCUAACUCCAAAGACUGUAGGGAAACAACAGUUUAAUGCACAGUCAUGUGCAAGAUGAUGAUCUGUUGAUACACGGAACUCCUAACGACACUGAAAUGUGAAUCAUGUCCGAUAGAUGUGUUAGUUCAAAUGCACUUUUUAUACCUGGUAAUGAAUAAGCUGUGAGACAGCUGUCUGCUGCUGUCUCUGCUACUGAUUAUUGGCCUUUUGAAGGCAUUAUAACGAAACCAAAAGCAAGCAUUCAUAGUGUCGUUUCAAAACACUACGGAUCCCGGUGGGAAAAUGUUUGCGGAUCCCGGUGGGAAAAUGUUUGCUAGGAGUUUUUCAAUGCAGCAUAAAAUGUAAAAAAAAUUAUGUUAGCUUAAACUUUGGCCCUGAAACUUGUUCAAUGUAAUAUUUACAUCUAUUUUUCCACAAGUUCAACUUGCAGUCAUGUUUUAGGUGAACCCUGAACAGGAAAUGGCAACUAUCUAAAAGGCUUUAUGAAGUGUUUUUGCAUGAUUGUUAUGUUUUUAAAUGAAAUGACAAAAUAUUUUAUGAAGGUUAGUUUGUAUUAUGACAUUUUUGUUUUCUGCUGUGUGCUUAGUUGCCAUUUCGAAAGUUUGUUUCAGGGAGUUUAGUGUGCAUGUACUGUGGUUUUCUAUGAUGCCUCUUAUCUGGUCAAGUCCUGUUUUUUUCUAUCACCUUAGACAGCAUCUAAGGGUCCAAGUCUUAAAUUAUUUAUGUGGUGUUACUACAAAGGAGUUGGUGUAAUAUUGAAAGAAUUCCACAGGGUAAGAUAAGUGAGACCCUGUCUGCAAUAUCUGUUGGAGAGGAAUUAGACAUUACUUCAGGGAUUUUGUGUGUUUAAUAAAAUGGAAGCAGUAAGA